CUACCUGCUCUCAUGAUGUUGCGAAAAGCUGCUGUGCGGUCUCUGUCGACUGCAAGAAACUCUUUGACUGUGGGGCUCAUUCCUGCGGACGGUAUUGGCAGGGAGGUCAUCCCAGCCGCUCGUGACGCAAUCGUUGCUGUCCAACAAGAGUUACCUCCCCUCAAAUUCAUCGACCUUCUGGCGGGCUGGGAUACAUUCACGCGGACAGGCACUGCGUUACCGUCGGAGACUGUUCGCGCAUUGAAGGAUGAAUGCGAUUGCGCGUUAUUUGGAUCUGUGAGCUCGCCUUCGCGUAAGGUCGCAGGCUACUCGUCUCCAAUCGUGGCUUUGCGAAAGGAACUUGACCUUUACGCCAAUAUUCGUCCUGUUCGCUCGGUAUCAGCGGAUGCGAGCACGCCUCCCACCACUGACCUCAUCGUUGUCAGAGAAAACACAGAAUGUCUGUAUGUCAAGGACGAAAAGCUUGUCAACACAGACAACGGAAAAGAAGCCCGCGCAAUCCGUUUGAUCACAGAACGCGCUUCAACACGGAUAGGCAAGAUUGCGUUCGAGCUUGCGAAAGCACGUCCGCGCAAGGCAGGUACUGGUUCCAAUUGUUGUUACUUUUCUGACUUGCUGCAGCUUGUCACGAUUAUUCACAAGUCCAAUGUGUUGUCUGUCACGGAUGGGCUUUUCCGCGAGAGUGUCCGCGCGGUGCCCGUCGCAGCGAAUGGCAAAUUUGAUGAUGUCACGAUUGAGGAACAAUUGGUCGACAGUGCUGUCUACCGGCUGUUCCGCGAACCACAAAUUUACGAUGUUAUGGUUGCCCCUAACCUCUACGGCGACAUCAUUUCAGAUGCUGCCGCUGCUCUUGUUGGCUCUCUUGGUGUCAUUCCAUCGAUCAACGCGGGCGAUAAUUUCGUUAUGGGAGAACCGGUUCAUGGCUCAGCUCCAGACAUUGCUGGCAAAGGAAUAGCAAACCCCGUCGCCUCGAUAAGAUCUGCAGCACUCAUGCUGCGACAUCUGGGUUACUCUUCACCAGCUGACAAAAUUGACAAAGCAGUGAACGACACACUCGCCCCCGGAAAAGUCUUGACCGCGGAUUUGGGUGGUUCAAGCUCAACAUCAGAGGUUACGAAACAUAUCAUGGGGCUUAUAGAAGCACAAUAUCAGUAG